UCAGCGGGCUCGGACGCGGAGCUCAUGGACGGCGCCUAUUUCCGCUCCUGCGCCGGCAUGCUGAAGGUGGCCCAGAUGAUCUCACUGCUGAUUGGAUUCAUCAGUGUAAAUUAUUCUGCAUGGAGAAAUUACAGUGCAUACAGCUACUUUCAGAUUGUCACCAUGUGGGACUUGGUUAUGAUUUUGUUCUUCUACAUCGUCCACAUUUUCAGAAUCUACAGGAAGCUCACUUGCAUUAGCUGGCCUCUUGCGGAGUUUCUUCAUUAUUUAAUCGGUACAAUUCUGCUUCUUAUUGCAUCAAUUGUAGCAGCCUCCAAGAGUUACAAUUUGACUGGACUUGUGACUGGAGCGACUUUCGGGUUCCUAGCUACGAUCCUUUGUGUUUUAAGCAUAUGGUCAUCCUACAAGGUUUCAUGCAUCACGCAGUCUACAAGUAAGUAUCAUGCUUAA